GCUUUAUAAGAUAUGUAAGCCUCUAAGAUAUCGAGUUCAAGGAUCCUGAAAUGGAGUAUCCCAUGUCACAAGCCCUUCAUCGCUUUAAAACCUGUUUCGGCGACUUACAUAGUACCCAUACAAUUAAUCCGACCCGACAGCUUCCUAGUCCAGCAAGUAAGCUGUGAGACUAACAAUGUCGAAGCCAUUAACUGCCCACUUAAAAGCAAUUUUAAUGAAACGUCUUACUAGGCUUUUGAUUGAACAAGCUAGGUAAUUGAGAUGUUUACGGACCGAAAAACAGAGAGCAUGAUGGCUAUCUCUAACACAUGAUUCGACGGCCGCUAGUGCGAAGACUGAUCGCUUUUCGCCUGAAUAAGAAGGUCUUGGCCUGGGGCGUUGCAAUGUAACGCUGAUCAGUGGAGAAGAGCGCGCAUGAUAACGGGCACGUCUUCCCCCUGACCUAGGCGCCGGACGGCGAUGAAAAGCUUAAAAAGGAGGUAGUGACCGCCUAGCAUUGACUGGAAAUGGAGGCAUCAUAGGUCACGACAAUAUGUUAUCUACUCGCAUGUUCGGUGCCGGAUCCUUGACUGUGCUGUGCCUAGCUCAGUCAGUCCUCGGCGGUACUCUCAAGCAAUGUACCGGUACGCUGGAGUUGUCAUGCCAUAACGACACCAAAGUCGCCGAUACCUGUUGCUUCAACUACCCAGGAGGAUCGCUAUUGCAGACUCAAUUCUGGGAUACGGACCCUGCAGUUGGGCCUGAUGAUUCCUGGACUAUUCACGGUCUCUGGCCCGACCACUGCGAUGGCACGUACGACGCCACAUGCGACAGCAAGCGUGCCUAUACAAACAUAUCAGAUAUCCUAACGGCGGCUGGUAAUAACGAUCUCCUUAGUUACAUGGAGACGUAUUGGCUGCCGAAUGAUGGGACAGGGGAGACAUUCUGGGAACACGAAUGGGGAAAACACGGCACGUGUGUCUCAACGCUGAACCCGAGCUGCUUCACCGACUACAAAGCCACCGAAGAAGUCCCCUACUUUUUUAACACGACGGUUAGCCUAUUUAAGACCCUAACGACGUAUAAGUGGCUCGCGGACGCGGGUAUCACGCCAAGCUCAAGCAAGACCUACAAGCUCUCUGACAUCCAGGCCGCGCUAUCUAAGAAUCACAAUGGCGAGACCGUCUACGUUGGUUGUAGCGGGAGCGCCAUCGAGCAAGUUUAUUACUACUUUAACGUAAGGGGCUCAGUUGCCAAUGGCGAGUUCGUACCGGCGAGUCCGGACAACGGCGACGAUGGCGGCUGUCCUAGCACGGGUGUCAAGUAUCUCCCCAAGAGCGGGGGUAACGGGGGUGGAUCGACGACCACGACUACUUCCAAACCAACGAGCACGACAUCGGGUGGAUCUUCACCAACGCCAACUGGAUCAUUCUCAGGGAAGGGUUAUCUAAACGCCGUAGUCGGUGGCUCUGAAACAGGGUGUAUCAUCGGGAGUGGCUCCUGGUACACGACAGGAACCUGUGCGACAUUCACAGCCGCUUCUUCCGGGAGCGGAUUUACACUCAAGUCCAGCAAGGGCUACUGCUCCGCGUCAGGUGGCUCGCUGACCUGCGCCUCUGGCAUCAGCAGUGCUGACGCUGACGUCUUCGCCGCAGAUGGAACAAAUCUGGCGAAUUCCGGUGGCAACGACUGGUAUGCCGAUUCGGUUCCCAGCGGUUCUACACAGGGUGCUGUGUAUUCUGAGAAGGGGUCGCAUACGACGACGUUGCAGAUACAGUGGGAAAGCAUCUGAUAAACACAGACUAGAAGUAUGGAGCGUCAUAGAGAUGUGAAAUAUAUUUUGUAUAAAUGAAACUCGCCGUUCUCUGUGCAGUAUAGUGUUGUUCGAAUACUAAAGUCAAGAUAUGUUAAUAGGAGUCAGCUAUAGCAGAGGAAUCUUAGAUCAUCAAAGCACGAGUAUUACAAGGGCAAUACUGGUAAACUUAAUACCGAGAGAACUGAAGACCAAUAUUUGGUACAUCUUCCAUCUAUUGGCAUUGCUGUCUCUAGAGAUCACUAGGUAGAAUCUAAAUUACACGAAGAACCCCGAAUCAUAGCGG